AUGAGGAACCUACCGUAUAUUACAUUCUACUUGGCCCUUUUCGUUUUAUCUUCACGGGAAAGCGGCAUUUUAUGUAGUGAAGCUGGGGUAAAUGGAAGCACCAACCUGAGAAAUGGAUAUACAGUUAAUAGCACAUUCAAAGAGGGAGACCAAACAGAGGUGAAUCAUACCAACUAUGAUGAUCAGGAUUUUCUAAAUCGAGGGGAGGAUCUGCAGGAAGUGAUUAAGGAAAUACAACGUGUCGGUGAAGAAGAGAACAUUGAGGAACCUAGUACUUCCUUUCCGAAAGAAAAAGAAGGAAAUAUAAGAGGAAGUUCUGUACUUUCAGGUGAUGGUAUAGAAGCCCAUGGGGAAAGUGACUGGAAAGAGAGUGAUAUGAAUGUUAUGUGGGGCACUGGACGAUCGGCUAACAUUUCAGCGGAUAAUGGACAACACGGUGACGAGAGAAUACAGUCCAGCUGGUCUGCGUCAUGGGGUGCGUCGGGACAGGAGGAAGGAAAAUCGUUCGGACAGAAGGUAGAGGAAGUGAAAACUUCUGAGGAACAAGUAUCACAAGACGCAUCUACAGUGUGGGAACGAAAUAAUGAGGAAGGAGGAGAAAAAAUCAGGUGGGAAUGCGAAGAAGGGGGGGUGCCGACACACAAUAAUAUACACGAAUCCUUGAAGGUGAAUCCACUUUUAUUUGAUCAAGUGAACGUUGACGAUGAGGAUGUGUUGCCAAGUGCAGAGAAUGUGGAAAAGGAGAACCCAUCCAACGAAUCGACUGACAAGGACGUCACGCAGGAGGGUCAGGAUAAAACUCCAGAGAAUGAAGAAAACGUAAAACGGGAAAGUCAGCAAGAGGAACAGGUGGAAGUGAUACAAAUGCCCGCCUUUGAAGAUCCAGAAGAAGAGCAGGAACCGGUGGAAAUGAUACAAAUGCCUGAAUUCGAAGAUUCAGAUUCAGAAGAAGAAGAGGAACUGAUAGAGGUGGAACAAAUGCCUGAAUUUGAAGAUUCAGAAGAAGAAGAAGAAGAGGAACUGAUAGAGGUGGAACAAAUGCCUGCAUUCGAAGAUCCAGAAGAAGAACAGGAACCUGUAGAAGUGAUACAAAUGCCCGCCUUUGAAGAUCCAGAAGAAGAACAGGAACCUGUAGAAGUGAUACAAAUGCCCGCCUUUGAAGAUCCAGAAGAAGAACAAAAACCGGUAGAAGUGGCACAAAUGCCCGCCUUUGAAGAUCCAGAAGAGGAACAGAAACCGGUAGAAGUAGCACAAAUGCCCGCCGUUGAGGAUCCAGAGGAAGAACAGAAACCGGUAGAAGUAGCACAAAUGCCCGCCGUUGAGGAUCCAGAGGAAGAACAGAAACCGGUAGAAGUAGCACAAAUGCCCGCCGUUGAGGAUCCAGAGGAAGAACAGAAACCGGUAGAAGUAGCACAAAUGCCCGCCGUUGAGGAUCCAGAGGAAGAACAGAAACCGGUAGAAGUGGCACAAAUGCCCGCCGUUGAGGAUCCAGAGGAAGAACAGAAACCGGUAGAAGUGGCACAAAUGCCCGCCGUUGAGGAUCCAGAGGAAGAACAGAAACCGGUAGAAGUAGCACAAAUGCCCGCCGUUGAGGAUCCAGAGGAAGAACAGAAACCGGUAGAAGUAGCACAAAUGCCCGCCGUUGAGGAUCCAGAGGAAGAACAGAAACCGGUAGAAGUAGCACAAAUGCCUGCCGUUGAAGAUCCAGAAGAAGAGAAACCGGUAGAAGUGGCACAAAUGCCUGCCGUUGAAGAUCCAGAAGAAGAACAGAAACCGGUAGAAGUGGCACAAAUGCCCGCCGUUGAAGAUCCAGAGGAAGUGAAAGAGGAGUCACGAAAGGAUGAGCAAGUGCCCGAACCAGAGCAGAAAGACGGGGAAGUGUCUGGCGAUAGUUUUUUUCGAGGAAUACACAUUCGAGAAUAUAUAGAUAUUGUAGGUAUUAAAAACAGUGCCGGAAAUAUGAUGAGAAAUGUAUUCAGCAUAUUUAGUGGAGAGAAUGGGCUUAUGAGUAAGUUUAAGGGUUUGGCCGGGAAUUUUGCCUAA